UCCUCAAUGACUGUAAUGAGAAUAGGAGGAUUCUUGCAAAGUUACCGGACUGGCUAACCGCAAGAUGGAACCGGAGAGUCAUGGAAAUGGAGGAGCAGAGUGGCCAGUUCCCCUCCUUCAGCCAAUUCAUGAAGUUUCUGAUAAGAGAAGCGAAAAUAGCCUGUAACCCAGUUACAUCGUUGCAAGCGCUAAAGCAAGGUGAAACUGAAAAGCCAAAGCAACAAAGACAACAAAAUGUUAAAGCAAAGACAUUGACUACAUCUUCUAAUGAAGAGACUGUGAAAACGUGUGUCUUCUGUAAGAAGAAUGGGCAUACCUUGCACAUAUGCAGGAAGUUUGCAGAGAAAGACGUUCCAGAUAGAGUGAAGUUUGUUCAAGCUGAAAAGCUAUGCUUUGGGUGCCUCAAGCCAGGUCAUCUCUCAAAGAGCUGCAACAGUAGGAGUGUUUGUGACACAUGCAACAAGCGGCAUCCUACCUGUCUGCACGAGGAGAGAGAUCAAGGAGAGCAAAAGGCACCACAAGUUAAGCAAAGCCAAGCUCAAGAGAAGUCAAAUAACCAAAAGCAAGAAAAGAAUAAACCAAAACCUCAAGCAGCACAACCUAAAGAAACUGCUACAGCUUCUACUCUACGAGUCAUCCAGGAUGAAGCUACUGUGCAAACAGCUGCAAUAAUUCCUGUCUGGCUAUCGUCCGCCUCUCAGCCAGCACAAGAGGUGCUUGUAUAUGCACUGUUAGAUUCCCAAAGCGACACAACUUUCGUGCUAAGUGAAGUAGCUGAUGCUUUGGAGGCAGAUAAAGAACAAGUCAAGUUGAAGCUCUCUACUAUGACGUCAAGAACCACAGUAGUUAAUUCUCAGCGAGUAAAGAACCUGAAUGUUCGAGGCUUUUACUCCAGCAAAAGAAUCAGCUUACCACCAUCCUACACGCGUGACUUUAUUCCAGCCAACAAAACUCACAUACCAACUGGCGAAACUGCAAAGGCUUGGUCGCACCUAGAGCACCUCCAAGAUGAAGUAGCCCCUCUGCAGGACUGUGAGGUAGGCUUGCUCAUCGGCUACAACUGCUCAGAAGCGCUACUGCCAAGAGAAAUUGUGUCUGGACAAGAAAAUCAGCCCUAUGCACAACGCACAGAUCUCGGAUGGAGUAUUGUCGGCCAUGGGAAUCCCUGCGUAGAGUAUGGAGAUGCAAUUGGAAUUAGUCACCGCAUAGUAGUGAGACAAGUGACGCCAAGAGUCGACUCUUCUCUCAAUCUGAAGACAGAAGUUCAUUAUGUGAACAGAUCCAAAGUCAAGGAAAUUACCCCUUCAGACAUCAUUAAAGUCCUUGAAUUAGACUUCUCAGAAAGAGCUAGAGAAGAGGAUAUUGUGUCUCAAGAUGAUCUUAAGUUCCUGUCUAAAUUGAGAGAAAACAUAAGACAGAAAGACGAUGGUCACCUUGAAAUGCCAUUGCCGUUCAGAGAAGAAAGACCAAAGCUACCCAACAAUAAAAUAUGUGCAGUACAUCGCUUACAGUGUCUUGAAAGGAAGUUAAGAAAAAAUGAAGCAUACUACAAAGACUAUGUGAAUUUUAUGACUGACAUCAUUUCACGUGGUGAUGCAGAGAAGGUCCCGGAAGAAUAAAUUGAGAACAGUCCCGCUUGGUAUAUUCCGCACCACGGAGUUUAUCAUCCACACAAACCGGGGAGAAUACGGGUGGUAUUUGACUGUUCAGCCAAGUUUCAAGAAACAUGUCUCAAUGACCAUCUGCUCACUGGACCUGACCUGACGAAUACACUGGUGGGUGUCUUGUGCAGAUUUCGAAAGGGCUUAGUCGCAGUGAUGUGCGACAUUGAAAGGAUGUUUCAUCAAUUUCACGUGAAAGUCGAAGACCAAGAUUACCUACGAUUCCUUUGGUGGGAGAGCGGUAACUUGGAAAGCAAGCCAUCUACCUACAGAAUGAAGGUCCACCUGUUUGGUGCGGCUUCGUCCCCUGGUUGUGCCAACUUUGGCCUGAAACACCUGGCAGCUCAAGGGCAGGGUCAGUACGGCGAAGACACCAUACGCUUCAUUCAAAGAAAUUUCUAUGUAGAUGAUGGGCUCGCGAGCGUUCCCACAGAAAAGGAGGCCAUUCAUCUUGUGAAGGAAUCAAGCGAACUUUGCCAAGCAGGCAAGUUAAGACUACACAAGUUUGUUUCUAACAAUGAGAAAGUGAUGGAAUCCAUUCCAGAAGAGGAAUGUGCUGUAAUCAAAGAUCAAGACAUGGCUUUGAGUCUGCCUCACAUGGAAAGAGCGCUAGGAGUAGAGUGGUGCAUCACGUCCGAUUCGUUCAAGUUCAGAAUUCAAGUAAAGUCCAAUCCAUCGACAAGAAGAGGUGUGCUCUCUACUGUAGCCUCAGUCUAUGACCCGUUGGGAUUCAUGGCGCCCUUCGUCCUCCUUGGAAAGCAGAUUCUCCAGCAGAUGUGCAGAGAAAAGAUCGGCUGGGACGAAGAGCUGCCAGAAAGCCUAAGACCUCAGUGGGAGUCUUGGAUUAGAGAUCUACCCAACUUAGCUGACAUGGAAGUCAGAAGAUGUUACUUACCUACGAAUUUCGGGAACAUCAAGAAGUAUGAACUUCACCACUUCUGUGACGCAAGUACCUCAGGAUAUGGUGUAUGUACUUACCUUCGAGCUGUUGACGAAUCCGAUGAAGUCCAUUGCAGUUUAGUGAUGGGAAAGUCACGAGUUUCGCCAACCAAAGUCAUGACGAUACCAAGACUUGAGCUGUCUGCGGCAGUAGUUGCAGUUCGAGCCAGCGACAUGCUUCGAAGCGAGCUGGAAAUCCAAGACCUGAAGGAAUACUUCUGGACGGAUUCCACAGUCGUUCUUGGCUACAUAAACAAUAACGCCAAAAGAUUCCAAGUAUUCGUAGCCAAUCGAAUACAGAGAAUCAAGUCAAGCACAAAGCCUGAGCAAUGGGCCUAUGUUGCAUCUGAGGACAAUCCGGCAGAUCAUGCUUCGCGAGGGUUGACUGCAGAGCAACUUAAGACAUCCAACUGGUUCUCUGGACCGAAGUUUCUUUGGCACAAAGAAUUACCUGUCCGAGAAUGCAAGGUGGGAGAAGUUAAAGAUGAUGAUCCUGAGCUUCGUAAGGCUGUAGUGUUUAACACUAAGGCAAAAGAAGACCGAUCGUUACUGGACCGCCUUGAGAAGUUUUCCGACUGGUCAAGGGUAGUACAAGCAGUUGCCAGAUUGAAACGACGAGUCAAAGAACACAAAGGUGUGAAACAAAGAACGAAUGAGAGUACAAGUUUAGAAGAAAGGAAGGAAGCAGAAAUUGCUAUCAUCAAGCUAGUCCAAGAGGAAGCGUUCCCAGAUGAGAUAAAGAGCUUGAAAGUAAGGGAAGUUAUAGCCAAGACCAAGUACAGCAACCUGAACAAGUUAAGUCCAGUGGUGGAUGAAGACGAAGUGCUAAGAGUGGGAGGACGCUUAAGUCAAGCCACGUUACAUCCACACAUAAAGCAUCCAGCUAUACUUCCGAAGAACAGCCACAUAUCAGCUCUACUUAUCAAGCAUUUCCACGAAAAGGUUCAUCAUCAGGGACGUGGACUGACUUUGAACGAACUGCGAGCUAACGGAUGGUGGAUCCUGGGAAGUAGUAGCGUAGUAUCGUCACACAUCUUCAAAUGUGUCAAGUGUCGAAAGUACAGAAGAUGUACUGAGGAACAAAAGAUGGGUAACUUACCUCAAGACAGAAUGGAAACGACCCCUCCGUUCACCUACACCGGCAUAGAUUGCUUCGGCCCUAUCUAUGUAAAAGACGGGAGAAAAGAGGUUAAAAGAUAUGGACUUUUAUUCACCUGUCUAUGUUCAAGAGCUAUUCACAUAGAAGUGCUCGACGACAUGAUCACUGAUGCGUUCAUCAAUGCUCUAAGAGCGUUCAUUGCCAUAAGAGGAAAUGUUCGUCAACUUAGAAGCGAUCAAGGAACCAACUUCAUCGGCGCAAGGAGAGAGUUCACAGAACUCAUGAAAGGAAUGGAAGGAGAAAGAGUCAAGGCUCUAGGAUGUGAAUUUCUAAUGAAUCCCCCAGCGGCAAGCCACAUGGGUGGCGUCUGGGAAAGACAAAUCAGAACAAUAAGGAGUGUUCUCACUGCCAUUCUCGACGAGUCAGCACAAAGAUUGGACAGCUCCUCUCUAAGAACUUUCUUAUAUGAAGUGAUGGCAGUUGUCAAUAGCAGACCACUCACCGUUGAACAUUUGAAUGACCCAUCUGCACCCGAACCUUUGACCCCGAACCACAUUCUCACGAUGAAGUCCACUAUUAUCCUUCCUCCACCUGGACAGUUCGUCAAAGAAGACCUGUAUCUUCAAAAGAGGUGGCGCAAAGUUCAAUAUUUGGCCAAUGAAUUUUGGAUUCGUUGGAAAAAAGAAUACCUACUAAGUUUACAACCAAGACAAAAAUGGCAGAAGAACAGAAGAAACAUGAAAGUGAACGACAUCGUGCUUUUGCAAGAUGAGCAAGCACCACGAAACGAAUGGAAGCUGGCCAAAAUAGCAGAAGUCUAUCCAGAGUCAGAUGAUAGGGUGAGAAAAGUCAGAUUGCUGGUUAGUGACACCACAUUCGAUGGCAAGGGUAAACCCACAACUAAAACAGUGUUUCUUGAUAGACCCAUACACAAGCUUGUGACCUUAAUUGAAGCAGAUUAAGAUGCUUAAUGUUUCCAUCAUUCCUUGUUGAGUGGUAAAGUUUGAUAAUGUUUAAGAGUGACUUGCAACAGUCUUUAAGUAUUGAGAAAUCCCACAGUAAGAUUGGUGCGAUUUGAUGGGAGUGUAACUGUUGCUAUUUUUAUUUUCAUAUUCAUGUAAGAUUUCUUUUCAUUUUGUAUAAGAAACUCAUUUUGAGAAUUAUUAGAUUUUUGUCAUUUUUCCAUGCUUUUAUUAUGAAAGUCAAGGGUACUUUUAUUUUGACACCUACGUUGCUGCUAGGCUGCCUGUAGCGUUUGUCUGACGGCAGAGAGUUGUGAACAUGGUCACUUCGUGUGAACAGCUAAGAUGUGAUAGACAAGUUGAUAUCAAAAGAACAUAGCAUAAACUACAGUGAAGACUGAAGAUAGAAGACCUACAGAUUUCCUUUCAUAGCAUGCAGCCAACGAGUUUCACGGUUUGCGGAGGUCCUUGGAUGGUUGUGGAGAGUUGGAGAGACGACGGAGACUUCAAUAAACCCGUAAAAGGAACACUUGCGUCUGCACAUGCUUGGGAGGGAGUCAUAUGCUGUGUGAGGACAUGAAGAAGAUGGAGGGCUGAUGGAGCUGUGACUCAGUCCAGGACGAGGAGCAGCUCUGUCAAUCUGAACUUUGUUUCCUGUUUAACAUCGAAGCCUCAGUUAAAACCUGCUCCACAUUUGAAAACAUCAAAGUUUUUAGUUGUAAAAUAUUUCUUGGCUCCUCAGACUUUGCUGAUGUUUCUCCAACUCUUCCUCUGAUUCUGUUCACAAAAAUAAUCCUGCAGAUGAGCUCUCAGCGUCCCGUUUAGCUGAUUCAACACAAUGUGUCCCCGUCAUAUAGUUUAACAUGGUCCAAGUUUAAAUUUGAUCAUAAUAGCACUGACAAUAAAACUUAACCUGUGAGGAAAUAUUCAGGCACCUGGUAAAAACAAAAACCUGCCACACUCUGACCUCUAAAUACCCCCAGAAUCAAAAACUCAUUAUAGUUCUUUAUUUUCUUAUUCCCUCUAACUUUGUGCAUAUAAAGUUGUUUAAUUUGCCAUUUAAGUUAACUUACUGAAUAAAAGAUGUAAUAUUUACCAUUUACAAUGUGUUCUUGCCAAGAAUCAGGACUUUUAUUUGGAGCCUGGUCACAUUUUAUUAAUUUCCUAAAUGUGCUCUGUACUCUGAUUCUUUGCACUCACUACUAUUUUUUUUAUAAACCAGUAUUCCUUCACAGAUUAAUGUUGAGGCAGACGUGUUUCAGGCAGGUCAGAAGACAACAUAGGCCGUUUGUCCGUUACAUCCGGAUGGUACCUGAAUGCAGCAUCACCGUCUCUUUGUUCCAGACUUUAUUGAACCAAACUGCAGAAAAUGAAUCCACCAUGUUUGUUUCUCUGUCUGCAGAGUUUAAUGUAGUAAAAGUGAAACUCUCGCCAAAAUGCAACCUGGGCUGUUUUUGUGAAUAUAUGAGUCAAACCUUUGUUUAAAAGCCUAAUUACAACUAAAGUGCCAUUUUUAAGAUUUACCGUAUCGUAUUUACCGGGUCAAACUCAUUUUCAAUGGGAGUGCUACGGGCACUUUUACGAUAGCAUCCAAAUCUCUAUUUUUAAAACAGUAAGAAGUCUGGACACAACAUGAAACUGUGCUGGUAGCAUCACCAGGGUCUCUACACAUGAACACCAGCACUGACAACAAUGUUUGUGUACACAGAGUUACUAAAAAGAAAGUUUUUGAACAACUCAUGUUAGAGUGAAAUACCACCGUGAUAAAUACAAAUCCUGUCUGUAUCAGUUUGUCAGAGCAGCUACGUCACUGAGUCCUUUCUGAAAAUGUUACUUAAAAUGAUUAAAGCUGAUUAUCCAAGUUUAAAGGAACCACUUGGCCAUUUAAUGUCUUAAAUGACAAAAAAAAAGGUACUUCUGUGGAUGUACAGAAAUUAAAAAUAUACUUGUUAAGCUUUUUCAUGAUCGGUGCAGGAAGUCAUCGUCUUCUUCCACAGGAGCCAUUCUGAAGUGAAGUCAUGUUGCAUCUUUACAACACAACAGGUCCAAAGUUUAGAACAAAACUGAUGCUCACACACAGAUUUCGUUCAAUUAGAAGUUUACUGAUACACAUCUUUAUUUUUUCCUUUUUGUAAGACAUCAGGCACUUCUGGAGUGUUGACAGACAUCUGUGUGCAUUGAAAGCUGCUCUUUACAGGCACCCGUUGAUGGUAAAUGCUAGAAAGCGAGUUUGAAGCGAUACCAUCUUCCACAGAGUAAAAAUGGUCCUAAAAAAAAAAAA